GCGCUCACUGUGUGAAUGCCAGCGAGCCGGCGAAGCAGUGAGGGUGUGAGUGUGUGUGUAUGUGUGUGUGUGUGUGUGAGUGACACAGAGAGGCAGCUAGUGUAGGAAGAUCCAUCCCGGUCUGCUCCUCAGCCUCUCUCUCUCUCUCUGCUCGGACUAUACCACUAACACAGGAUUCACCCUUUGGACUAUUCCGAUGCUUCCUCCUCCUCCUCCUCCUCCUCCUCUUCCUCUUGCAGUUAAAGGGAACACCUGUGUGUGUUUCGUGCUGUGUGUGUGAGACGGCGGACUUAGCCCUGGUGUGCGGGGCGAGCGGAUGACUUCAGCGAGGGAGGGCUUGGCUGGCGGACAGAAGGAGACUGCUGAUCAUGGACUCCCCCCACUAGUGAACGGGGGUGGUGCGGAGGCGUCGGUCUAUCCGGCCAUCAUGUGCACACGGGCCGACUCUGACCCCGUCCCCGAGUCUCAGCUGUUCCCUGGAGAGGCGGAGGAGCCCGAGGAGGAGGCGCUGGACGAGGGCAGGGAGCGGGAAUCGGACCGAGACAGCGCCGUAGAGAGCACGCAGGAGUCGGACGGAUCGGACGGACUCAACAGACUCGAGGACAAGGAGGACGCGCUGGGGGACCUGUUCUUCCCCGGGGAGAAGUGCGGACAGACCAGCGUCUCUGUGACUUCCGACUUGUCGACGCGUUCGUCGGCCUCUCUGAACGAGGAGCAGUUUGAGGACUACGGCGAGGGGGAGGAGCCAGACUACGCUCCCAGCAGCCCCUGUCUGGACGACGAGACCCGGACCAACGGCUACUCCGACCUGGGAUCGUCCGUUCCCUCAAGUGCGGGCCAGACUCCUCGGAAGGUUCGUCACCAUUACUCGGGUGAACUGAUGGACGUCUACUGUUCCCACUGCAGCAAGAAGGUCAACCUGCUGAAUGACCUGGACGCUCGCCUCAAAAACCUCAAGGCAAACAGCCCCAACAGGAAGAUCUCCAGCACUGCCUUUGGGAGGCAACUGCUUCAUAACAGCAACUUGAGCAGCAGUAAUGGCAGUACGGAGGACCUCUUCCGUGACAGCAUCGACUCGUGCGACAUCGACAUCAACGAGAAGGUGAGCUCACUUGAGAAGAAGGUGGCAGAACUUGAAAAUGAGAUUUUGAUGAACAGCGACCUCAAGUCCAAGCUGAAGCAGGAGAACACACAACUGGUGCACAGGGUUCAUGAGUUGGAAGAGCAGCUGAAAGACCAAGAGACCCGAUCAGAGCAGAACCUGCAGGAGGGUUUAAGACGACACCGGGAGUCGUACAGCAAGAUGGAGAGAGACAAGAACACACAGAUUGAGCUGCUGACUAACAGAGUGAGGCUGCUUGAGGAGGAAAACUAUGAGAUGUCCCUGAACAUGUGUCGACUCAAGUCACAGACAGAGAAACUGGAUGAGGAGAAGCAAAGGAUGACAGACAAACUGGAAGACACGAGUCUGCGUCUGAAGGACGAGAUGGACCUCUACAGGAAAAUGAUGGACAAACUGAAACAGAACCGGCAGCAGUUCCAGAAAGAGAAGGAAGCCAUGCAAGAGCUGAUAGAGGAUCUGCGUCGAGAGCUGGAGCACCUGCAGCUCUUCAAGCUGGAGGCGGAGAAGCCGGGCCGGGGCCGCAGCUCUUCCUCCGGACUGAUGGACUUCACCAGCAGGACCAGGGAAGUGGAGCUGGAGCACGAGGUCAAGAGGCUCAAGCAGCGAUUUGUGUCCCAGGACUUUCUUCCCCCCGAAUUCCAGCACCUGGUUUUGUCUGGGGCUCGGCUCCGUCCCACUCUGAUGGAGAACCAGAAGCUGAGGGAGCAGAACGAAGAGCUGAACGGUCAGAUCCUCAGCCUCAGCUUAUACGAAGCCAAGAAUCUGUUUGCCACCCAAACCAAGGCCCAGUCGCUCGCUGCCGAGAUAGACAACGCCUCCAGAGACCAGCUGAUGGAAGCCCUGAAGGAGCAGGAGGAAAUCAACCUGCGUCUGCGGCAGUACAUGGACAAAAUCAUCCUGUCGAUCCUGGACCACAACCCCUCCAUUCUGGAGAUCAAGAACUAGCAGUGACUCCGCUGGGAUGAGAACCGUUCCUGAUCUCGGGGGAGUGAGGCUCACUCCAGUCCGAGUUGGGAGCUUGUGGGAAGAGACUGAGCCAGUGGAAUAUAAGCAGACUCGCAUCGCCCCCUGCUGUUUGGAUCAGGCAAAAACUUCCUAUCCAGCUUUGAACUUUGAAUUUUCUUCUCAGUUGGUGACUGCUGGGUGAUUAUUCUACUGUGACUCUUUGUCACAGUUCUUCAUCUCAUGUGCUAAACGUGGGGAGCUCAUCCCAGUGGAAUUCUUCGCCCAAAAAGGCUUUGAGGAUCAACGCCGUCCCUCGACGUAGAACACUGGACAUAAUGUAACUGGAACAGCGUAACAGACGUAUACUACUGAAUCCUAAUGUACAUUGAAAUGCUUGUUGUGGUUUCGGGAUACACGCUUUAGGGUCAGUAGCUACACCUGCGUGAGACAGACAUGACGGCAGGACAGUCUGCUGCUGCCCGACUUGUAAACUGCCCCCGUGACGUGGGUGUCGUCUGAAAGCGUCGGGGUGAAAUGUCUGGAUGAGCAAGUGCUUUAAGAAGAUUGAGGAACGAGGCAGAGGUGGUUGGAGAAAGAAGAGUGCCUAGAUUCUAAGUUCACACGAGUGACUUAAGGAGGAGAGUUGUGACGUUACGUGAUGCACCAUGUAUGAGAGCAAAAGAGGCUUUUUGUGAAGUCAGUGAAGGUAUGUUGAAGGUGAACGGUUUUGGGGGUUUUUUUUUCGUUCUUUUCUUGAGAACAUGUCUUCCAGGAAACCUUGCCACAGCGCUCGCAAUGUCAAUCAGUCGGACAGUGAAGACGCUUCACUGAGAAGUGGCCCUUAGUCGGUUCAGAUGUGUAGCAGUGUCGCUGUAUUUGGCACGUCGGCUGCAAACCCAGGAGUGUCUUGAAACUUGUAAUUUCCCGUGGCUGCUACCCGCAAGCAAAGCUUGAGCUUGAAUAAAUUCUCUGUUGCUAGCAAUAGACGUAAAAGACGUUGCACAGAAGUAUGACGAUAGAAUGAGGUGAAUGUAGGCGACCAUUCAGUGAAGUUACUGUAGAGCGACUGGUUCACUGAGUCGUCUGAAACACUGGACACGAGCAUCCACAGGUGACUGUUUCUGGUACAAUAGACUUGAUUAGCGAACUCGUCGACAUAUACAGGUUGCAGAUUGUAGUUCAAACCCCGAUGGCUCUCUGAAACUCUCUAAUACUGUAAAUACCAUGAAUGUACAACUUGAUAUUUUGCUUUAUGUGGCUAAAAGAUUUGAAUUCAAAUCUUUGUAAUUGCUUAAAGCAUGUUGUGACACAUGUGCGCAGUAUUCAGUGCUGUAAUGAGGAGAGCAUUGUGUCCAGAGGGUACAAUUACAAUCUGCUGUAUUAUGUAAUAAGUCUAAACUUGAGUUUUGCUUCCUUGCACAUAAAAAAAUUGUUUUGUUUUCUUUUGCAUGGUUCACAUUUUCUUCUGUCUGUGCCUUUUUAAGGACAGUUUUCAAGAGGAUGUUGCUAUAGAUUUACAAUGUUUUUGAGGGUACGUUCAAUGUCUGCGUUUGACAUAUUUUCUUGACUUGUAAAUGUUGUAAUUAUAUAGUGAAAAUUUGUAUUCAUGUGCCACUCACCACUCUUUUUCAGAUUGAUACUAAGAACUAUUUUAUAAAGUUUUAUCAAGAACAAACCUGUGGUUGUUUAGGUGUCUUGUUGGCAAUAGAGCACAAUACUUUGUAAGGUACACAAGUCAGAUCUUUUUGUUUUUUGGCAAUAUUUUAUUAGUUGUGAAAAUCAUUGGAUUUUUUUUAUUUGCUUCAGAUUGAUUUCUUUGUGGACGUACACGGUCUUCCUCACGGUGAGCUUCAUGGGCAAUAUUAACUGAUUAACAAUUUGAGCUUGUGUUGUAUUUUGCUUUUUCUCCAUACAGCUCUUCAUACGCUCAUGGAUUUAUUUUUCAAUUUGGAAAACGGCAACAACAACAAAAAAAAAUCACAAAACAAGUUGUGUCUUCUCACUUCUAAAUUUUUAAUUCUUCAGGCUAUCUAGUCAGAUGUAGUCAACUAAAAUGGCAAUAAAAAAAAUAGCUCUGGCAGUGAAGUUGGCUCAUGAAAUUUCUGCCAGAUUCAUUCAUGUUAAGUCUUCUCUUUUGUAGAAGGCCUUUU